AUGCUGCUGCUGCUGCUGCUGCUGCUGCUGCUGCUGCUGCUGCUGCCGGUGCUGCUGCUGUUACUGUACGUUUGUGGUUGUAGUAGUAGUAGUAGUAGUAGUAGUAGUAGUAGUAGUAGUAGUAGUAGUAGUAGUAGUAGUAGUAGUAGUAGUAGUAGUGCUGAUAUCACUACUACUACUACUGUACCAUAACCUAACCUAAUUAUUACCUACUUACCCUCCACACUGAAGGAGUUCAAGUCACAGGCAAGGGGAGAUGAAGAAGCAGGCAGGGAGUUCAGGAGUGUGCCAGUGAAAGGGGAAGAAGAAGAAGAAGAAGAAGAAGAAGAAGAAGAAGAAAAGAAGAAGAAGAAAAGUAGUAGUAGUAGUAGUGGUCUCUAA